AUGUCUCGUGAUUCGUCUACUGAAGCUCCACAGGCGCUUGUGGAAGAUCCCGAAAAGCAGCUGCAAAAGAAAGUCUUCAUUGAGAGUGAUGCCGGUGACGGAACCAAGAGAGAGGACCAAUAUUUGCAUGGUAUUCAUUUGGUGUUUUGUUUUAUCGCGGUCUGCUUGUCCUUGUUCUUAGAGGCUUUAGAUCAAACCAUUGUCGCUACCAUUUUAACCACUGUCGGAAACAAGUUCGAUGACUUUGACAAGGUUGGCUGGUUAGCCUCAGGAUUCUUGUUGGCUAUGGCUGUAUGCAUUCAGCCCUUCGGUAAAUUCUCCAUUAUCUUUGGAAGAAAGUACACUAUGGUUACAGCAAUCGUUUUGUUUGAAGCUGGGUCGUUGAUGUGUGCUCUUGCAAAAAAUAUGAAUGUUCUCAUUGGUGGUAGAGUUUUGGCUGGUAUAGGUGCUGCAGGUAUCCAAGGAAUGGUCUUUGUAAUCGUUACAGAAGUAGUCCCUAUUGAAAAGAGACCUAUCGGUAUGGCUAUUGUCAGUUGUAUUUUUGCUGUGGCCUCCGUCUUGGGUCCUUUGAUUGGUGGUGCCUUCACCUCUCACGUGUCCUGGAGAUGGGCUUUCUACAUCAACUUGCCUAUUGGUGGUAUAGCUCUAGCUUUCUUGUUAUGGGCUUUCAACCCUCCUAAAUGCACCUCUAGUAUUGUGGAGGAGUUGAAGACUUUUGAUUACUUUGGAACUUUCUUAUUGAUUUCCGGGUGUGUUGUCUUCUUGUUGGCUUUAACCUUUGGUGGAAACGAUUUCAGUUGGCAUUCCGCUGCAGUGAUUCUAUGUUUUGUUCUUGGUGGUCUUCUUCUUAUAGCCUUUAUCAUUUGGAAUGGAUGGUUCUCCAAGAACCAAAUCAUUGCCGUUGAGUUGAUCAAGAUCCCCCAGGUCGUUGCCUCCAUUUUUGCAAUUUCCGGUAUUUUCGCCGCCUUCAUCCUUUCAAUGGUGUUCUUGCCUAUUUAUUUCCAGGUCAUACAUGGUGCCAGUGCAAUGGGUGCCGGUUUGCAUUUGCUUCCCAUGAUUGUUGCAGUUGUUCUCAGUUCAAUUUGCAGCGGUGUUGCAAUCCAAAAGCUGAAGUACGUCAAACCAUUUAGUUUGGUUGCUGGUAUUCUUGGUCCAAUUGGUUUCGGUCUCUUGGCUAUUCUUGGAGUUGACACGUCGUUUUCGGCUCAGGUUGGUCUUUUGAUUAUCGGUGGUGUUGCCGUUGGUGCGCAAAUGCAACCUGCUAUUGUCAGUGCACAAAUCAGUGCUCCAAAGACGCCUGGUUCUACUAUCAUGGUUACUGUGCUCUUGAACUUCAGCAGAUCCCUUGUAUCAGCUCUUGCUGCUGAUCUCGGUGAUGUUAUCUACGCUUCUUCGUUUAAGAACUACUUCAAGAAGGCAUUCAAAGCUACAACCAACACCACCAUCUUGUCUGAUUUACAGGACGUUGACAUUUCGCAAUUAGUGUCCAACACGUCGCUCCUUGCACACUUGAAUCCUGUCACUCAACAUUUCGUCAAGACGCAAAUUGCUAAGGCGCUCAGAAACGUGUUCUACAUGGGAAUUGGGCUUGCAGCUAUUACAUUCGUCGCGUGUUUCUUCAUAACUAACAAGAAGUUGCCUGAGAUGAGUGAUGGAGCAGCUAAUGCUGCAGAAAAAGAAAAGGAAGAAAAAACUGAAUUGACCUCUGAUUCAAAUGACAUUCAGUCUGAGGCUGUCCACGAAAUUGCAGAAGGUGCAGACUUCGAAAAGAAAAGCAUCCAAGCAUCUGGAGACGAGUCUUCUACGUCCAUUACCCGCAAGUAA